AUGAAUUCCCUUGGGCAGCUGGUGACAGGCCAGAUCGUCUGUAUCGCCUACUACACCACCAUCCUCUUCCUAGUGUCAAUUGUUCUCAACGUGAUCAAUCAGCUCGUCUUCUACAACAGAAAGGAACCACCGGUGGUCUUUCACUGGGUUCCUUUCAUUGGAAGUACAAUAUCCUAUGGCAUGGACCCCUACCAAUUCUUCUUUGCUUCUCGUGCCAAGUACGGAGAUAUUUUUACCUUCAUCCUUCUAGGCAAGAAAACAACUGUCUAUCUCGGUGUCGAAGGCAAUGAGUUUAUCCUCAAUGGAAAGUUGAAAGAUGUCAACGCCGAAGAAAUCUACGGCAAGCUCACAACGCCUGUCUUCGGAUCCGACGUUGUCUACGACUGUCCCAACUCCAAACUCAUGGAGCAGAAGAAGUUCAUCAAAUACGGCCUAAGCCAAGAAGCCCUAGAAUCCUACGUCCCCCUCAUCGCCGACGAAACCAGCUCCUACAUAAAAAGAUCCCCAGCCUUCAAAGGCCAAUCCGGCACCGUCGACCUCGCCACCACCAUGGCCGAGAUAACCAUCUUCACAGCCGCCCGAACCCUACAAGGCGAAGAAGUGCGCGCAAAAAUCAGCUCCGAAUUCGCCGAACUCUUCCACGACCUCGACCUCGGCUUCCAACCAAUAAACUUCAUGCUCCCCUGGGCCCCCCUCCCCCACAACCGCAAACGCGACCAAGCACACGCACGCAUGCGAGAAGUCUACCUGGAAAUCAUCCAAGCCCGACGCACCGCCGGCGCAGCCGACCCCACAACCACCCGCGACAAAUCCAAAGGCACAGACAUGAUCUCGAACCUCAUGCAAUGCGUAUACCGGGACGGCACGCCGAUCCCGGACAAAGAAAUCGCGCAUAUGAUGAUAACCUGCCUGAUGGCGGGACAACACUCGUCGUCGGCGAUCAGCUGCUGGAUCAUCCUGCGCCUGGCGUCACAGCCCGAAAUGGCAGAGAAGCUUUACGCGGAGCAGAUCGCGAAACUGGGGGCUGAUCUGCCGCCGCUGCAAUACAAGGAUUUGGAUAAGUUGCCGCUGCAUCAUAAUGUGGUUAAGGAGACGCUGCGCAUCCACUCGUCUAUCCAUACGCUUAUGCGGAAAGUGAAGAAUCCCAUGCCGGUGCCUGGGACGGAGUUUGUUGUUCCGCCGUCGCAUACGCUGCUUGCGUCGCCGGGUGUGACGGCGCGGGAUGGGCGGUAUUUCCGGGAUCCGUUGCGGUGGGAUCCGCAUCGGUGGGAGAGUCGGGUUGAGGUGGAGGAUGAUUCUGAUACGGUGGAUUAUGGGUAUGGGGCUGUGUCGAAGGGUACGCGGAGUCCGUAUUUGCCGUUUGGGGCUGGGCGACAUCGGUGCAUCGGGGAGAAGUUUGCGUACCUCAAUUUGGAGGUUAUUGUUGCUACGCUUGUUAGGAACUUCAGGUUCUAUAAUCUUGACGGGGAGGAGGGAGUGCCGGAUACGGAUUAUUCGUCUCUCUUUUCACGUCCUAUGCAGCCGGCGACGGUGCGAUGGGAAGUUCGUUCGUAA